UAUUGGUGGAACAUGGUUAUUUCCCUCAUCCACCACACGUUCAGUGUGAGUUGGCAGAAAAUAUAAACUUGUGAUAGAUAGAGUUGAAACUUGAAACAGAUAAUAAGAAUAUUCAUCAAUGGCGGCCGCCGGCGUGGAAACGGAUGCGCAAUGCCGCUUUGGUUCCUCAUCAUCACUCCCAGUGCCUAACGUCCAGCAGCUAGCAAAGGAGAACCCCACCCUGGUUCCAACCCGUUAUAUUCGUGACGAUAUCGAAUCUCCGGCGGCAUCAUAUUCCACCUCCGGUGUGCCGGUGAUCGACUUGCAAAAGUUACUGCGUGAGGACUCAGGAGAUUCUGAACUUCAUAAGCUGCACUUUGCCUGCAGAGAUUGGGGUUUCUUUCAGGUGAUAAAUCAUGGAGUGAAUUCUUCAUUGGUUGAGAAAGCAAAGUGGGAGGCCCAGGCCUUCUUCAAUCUACCAUUAGAAGUAAAGCAAAACAAGUAUGGGCAGGUGGCAGGGGAAAGAGAAGGGUACGGUCAGCAAUUUGUUGUAUCUGAGGAGCAAAAACUUGAUUGGGCUGAUAUGUUUUUCAUUCAAACCCUACCACUACAAAUGAGAUCACCUCAACUUUUUCCUAAUCUACCAGAGGCUUUCAGGAAUACUAUAGAAGCUUACUCACUUGAAGUGAACAAGCUUGCCAUGAAGAUUCUAAGCCUUUUGGCAAAAAUUUUGGGAAUAAAAGCUGAAGAAAUGAGUAUGCUUUUUGAAGAAGGGAUUCAGGCAAUUAGAAUGAACUAUUAUCCACCAUGCCCCAAACCAGAACUUGUUUUGGGCCUUAGCCCUCACUGUGACGCAGGGGGUCUAACUAUACUCCUUCAAGCAAAUGAAACACAAGGUCUUGAGAUAAAAAAGGAUGGGAUUUGGAUUCCCAUUGUACCAAUUCCUAAUGCCUUUAUUGUCAACAUUGGGGGUUCUUUGGAGAUCUUUACAAAUGGAAUUUAUAACAGCAUUGAGCAUAGAGGAGUAGUAAACCGAGACAAAGAGAGGAUAUCUAUUGCAACAUUUCACAGCCCAAAGUUGAAUGGUGAGCUAGGUCCAGCAAGUAACCUUAUCACCCCACAAACUCCAGCAAAAUUCAAGAGGGUUAGCAUAAUGGAUUAUUUUCGUCAGUUUCUUGGACGAAAACUUGAUGGGAAAUCACAUGUUGAUGCCUAUAAAGUUGUCUGAUGAUAUUGUUGUGGUUUUUGUUGGAUGCCAUGUGUACCAUGAUUGCAAAUUAUUCUAUGGACCCGGGUCCACCUUACAAUGUAGAUCCGGGACAAAAGUACACAAUUUAUGUACUGAAUGUUCAUAAUUUUAUAAAAGAUAAAUUGUGAAUAUUUAGUAUGUAAAUUGUGAGCAUUAAGUAUGUAAAUUGUCUAUUUAAAGUGUGAACAUUUGGUAUGUAAAUUAUGAACAUUAAAUUAUAUAUUUUAGAUCUGGAUUCACCUUACAAGGUGGG